UCGCCUUUUCAGGGAGGACUGUCAUUAGACCUCAAUUUUUCUUUCUGCUCUCCCCUUCUGUCAUGAGUGACGAACAAUUACUGCAACGUCUUCAGAAUCAAGCUUUGGAAGACCGUCAAGAACCCGAGCGACGAGAUAGUAUUGAAAGCCAGGACAGUGAUGUGGAUAACGAAGAGCACUCUCAGCAGCCUAUUCGCACAGAAGGACGUCAGACUGGCCCAAAGGGUGUCCUUGCUGACUACGCGUAUCAUAAACAACUCAAAUCGGAGGCUGAUCAAGCACGUCUGAGAGCGUAUCAUAAACGCAUGGUAAAUCAGGCUAUCACCACUACCUCAUACGGCCAAGAUCAGCAAGAACUUGUAUUAGAGCACAUCAACAGCGAUGAAGAUGAUAUAGAUAAUGAGGAUGAAAACGCUAUUCAGGCUUACAGACAACAACGUCUCAAGGAAUUCGCAAGAAUAAGUAAUCCUGCCGUCCGUCGUCAGCAAAAAGUGUUUGGUCAAGUGGACGAUAUUGAUGCAAAUGAAUAUGCAACCAUCAUUGAUAACGAGUGGAAAUCAGUACCCAUUGUCAUUCAUUUGUAUGACGAGAGCAUUCCCCAUUGUCGUCAAGUGGAUGAUAUAUUUGCAGAUUUGGCUAGAAAAUAUGCUAUGGCCAGAUUUGUUCGUGUAUCCGCCCAUGACCUUGAAUUUGAUUUGGUUGGAUCUUCCGCUAUCCUUGGCUACCGCGGAGGUUUGCUGGUGACCAAUUUGGUCCGCCUCGUCGAUUAUGUCAAUUCACGAUUUGAGGUCGAGACAGUCGAGGAUGUGCUUCUAAAAUACAAUGCUGUUACUGAGGAUGAUAUUUAUGACGCCCCACCGGCCACCACCCGUCAAAACGCCAGCGAUGACGAAGACGACGAUAUUUAACAUACCCCACCCGUUCUGUUAUCUUGUAAAUACUGUAACUUCUUAGCUUAGCUGCUCUCACGAGGAAUUUCCGUCUCUCUCAU